AUGCAUGGUCCUUGUAAUGGACCUCUACCUUUCUGUCCCCCAAGAAUUCCCCCAGAACAUCCGAAUUUUGAGCCACCCACGUUUCCUUCUUCUUCUUCUUCUCCUUCUCCUUCUCCUUGGUACACCAAUUUCCCCAUCUUUACCAUUGCUGUACCAGGGAUCAUUGUCACAUCUAUUUUACUGGUGGUUUACUAUGUCUUCGUCAUCAAAUGCUGCUACAAUGGGCACCGUUUUGAUCUCCUAAGACGCUUUUCCAUCUCACAAGCUCGACAACAAGAGGAUCCCAUAAUGGUAUACGCUCCUGCAGUGGUGAGUCGAGGGCUUGAUGAAGCAUUGAUCCGUGCAAUCCCAAUUAUUCAGUUCAAGAAAGGAGGAGAGAGCAACGAAAAUAAAGAUAUGAGCUUUGUCGAAUGUGCAGUUUGUCUGAAUGAGUUUCAAGAAGCAGAGAAAUUAAGGGUUCUACCCAACUGCAGGCAUGCUUUCCAUAUUGACUGUAUCGAUAUAUGGCUUCAGAACAACGCCAACUGCCCUCUUUGCAGAUCAUACAUUUCUAGCACAACCCGAAUCCCGACUGACCAAAUCAUUUCACCCACAACUUCUCCUGAGGAUCCAAUUCCAUUUACAGGAAGCAUAGUGGGUAGUGAUGAAGAUUUCGUAGUGAUUGACUUGAGGGAUGAACAGAGUGUAACAGGGGAUUCAGGGGAGCUUUCAGAGCAGUCCAUAAGCCUUUCUCCAAGGAAGCUAGAGCAGAGACUUGUACCCAAGAAAGCAAGGAAGUUGCAUCAUAUGUCAAGCAUGGGAGAUGAAUGCAUCGAUGUCAGAGAGAAAGAUGAUCAGUUCUCAAUCCAGCCCAUCAGGAGAUCUAUCUCCAUGGACUCUUCAGCUCAUCGGCAACUCUACCUAUCUGUUCAAGAGAUCAUACAACAAAAAAGGAAUCUCAAUGAGAUUAGCACUGGUGAAGGUAGUAGUAGUAGUAGUAGUAGUAGAAUCCGAAGAUCGUUCUUCUCAUUUGGCCAAAACAGAGGAUCUAGGACUGCGGUUCUUCCUAUCCAAAUCGAGCCUUGAAUUGAAAAUGGAUCAGAUUAGUUUUGCUUAUCUU